AUUUCCAGCGUUGUCACUUUUUAGUUCUACUUUAGUGAUUCUUUCCCUCUCAAACGCCGCAAGUAUGAAAAUGCCGGACAUCAAUUCAAUUGACGGCGUCCGCGACCUAGACCAGGAGACGCUGACGCGUGCCUAUUCGACUUCCAUUUCCAAUCCUGAACCGGAGGACGAGGCUGCCCACGAUGCAAUCCCCGGCCAUCCAUUGGGAGUCAAGCCUAGCGGCAAUGCCCUGCUUGCGACGGAGAACCUUCGGGAUGCCAUUGGGGUCUUCAACAUUCUGCCAGAUGAGCUGAUACUGAUGCUGCUGGAACAACUCGAUGGACCCAGUCUGGUGCGCAUUGGACGCACUUGUAAAGCAUUCUAUGCUUUCACCCGAGCUGAAGAGCUGUGGAAGGCUCUGUUUGUCGCAUCACCUCCCUCCAAAUUCACCUGGAAAGGAACAUGGCGCUCCAGCUACCUGAACAUCCCCCCCACGGAAGUGUGCGUGUUGGAUUGUUCGAAUCUGUAUUCCGAUGUCCUGCACCGGCCCUUUCACUGCGCGCAUAUCAGUCUCGAUCCCUACGUCACCGGCAUCCCCGCCCGCAACCAGAUCGCCCGCUUGCCCGAUCUCUCUUUCGAAGAAUUCAACGAGAAAUGGUCCGAUACGCCGUUCGUCCUGACCGAGCCCGUCAAGGAAUGGCCUGUCUACAAGAAAUGGACCAUGGAUUCCUUGCUCUACGACUACGGCGAGACCGUCUUUCGCGCAGAGGCCGUGGAUUGGCCAUUCUACAGCUACGUCGAGUAUAUGAAGAACAACUCCGACGAGAGCCCGCUGUAUCUCUUCGACCGGGCCUUUGUGUCAAAGAUGGGACUUAAGGUCGGACAGCUCGAUCAGGAACCCGAGGCCGCCUAUUGGCCGCUUGCCUGCUUUGGCGAGGACUUCUUCUCCGUGCUGGGCAAUGAUCGGCCCGACCGACAGUGGUUGAUUGUCGGACCCGAACGGUCUGGAAGUACUUUCCACAAAGACCCAAAUGCCACCAGCGCGUGGAACGCGGUUAUUCGCGGCUCCAAGUACUGGAUCAUGUUCCCUUCGUCGUCCAAGCUCCCGCCUCCGCCGGGAGUCUUCGUGUCCGAGGAUCAGAGUGAGGUGACCUCUCCCCUCAGUAUUGCCGAGUGGUUGUUUGAGUUCCACGCUGAGGCCCGGCGCACACCAGGUUGCGUUGAGGGCAUUUGCAAGGAGGGAGAGAUCCUUCAUGUGCCUUCGGGAUGGUGGCAUUUGGUCGUGAAUAUUGUGCCAUCUAUUGCUAUCACGCAAAACUUCAUUCCCCGCGCGCACCUGAGCGCUGCCCUCGAUUUUCUGUCUAACAAGGCAGAUCAGGUUUCCGGAUUCAGGAAGGACGUACAGAAUCCCUACGAAAGUUUCUUGGCGAAAAUGCAAGAACAGCAUCCAGACCUGCUGAAGCAAGCACAGGAGGAGUUGAGGAGGAAGACAGAAGGCAAAAAGAGAAAAUGGGAUGAGAUUGUUCAUGGAAACGCAGAUCAAGAAGGCGCUAAUGCCAACGAAGGUGGUGGGUUCAGCUUUGGCUUCGGUGGUGAUAAUAGCGACAUCGAGGUCCCUUGAUUCCCUCCUAUACGAAGCAGCAACAAACGAAAUCGGCAACGGUCUGAAAAUGACCGUGCUGAGCCACCAUUGCCUGGAUUACGCAGCCCAGUGACACCCUUCCCUCAAUCAACCUUGAGAGAGCCUUUCGGAAACCAAGCUACCCAGCUUGCGCGCCCCAUCUAGUGACACGCAACCGUCUUGCUAGC